AUGGAGUAUAUCAACCAAAUGAAGAAUCGCCGGCGCUCGUCGCAGGUCUUGCAAGCACCAAAGCCUGUUUUGACCGAAGAGGAGGAAGCCUAUUUGCGACAGGUUACUGCGCCCGAGAACGGGUCCAGUACUGUCGCAAAAAUACCAUCGUCCGGCUCUGAGGUACCUCCAGAGAGUUCUCACCAGCCCGUGUUGUACGAGGGUGCUGAACAAAUCCCUCUUCCUUCUUCGCCAACUGAGGAAUUUGGGAAGGAGCUAGGAGAACAAGGGCGAAGGGCAAGCCAGAUGUCUGGCGGCUCUGCAAGCAAAGAGUCGGAAUCUGCGAAACCACAAGACGUAGGGCCCCCAGAAAAGAAAAAGAAAAGAUGGAGUACUAUGUUCUGGAAGAAGAACGGAGACCCCAAGAAAGAUCAACAAAAAGAUUCCAUUAAAGAAGACACUUCUCCAUCUCAAACCAACGUUCCUCCAUCAGCGGCAACACCGACAGACAAUGGACAGGAGGCACAAAAGGAGAAAGAGGAUAUGAUAGAUAUCCUGGAACGAUUGAAUCUAGCAGCAGAUAACAACCGUGUCUUCUCCGUCAGCGACGAAACACAGGAACUGCUUCGCAAGUUCAAAUUGAUCUUCAAGGAUCUGGUCAAUGGUGUUCCCACAGCUUAUCGCGACUUGGAGAUGCUCCUGACGAAUGGCAAUCGCCAAUUACAAGACACAUACACUAAGCUGCCUGGUUUCCUCCAAAAGCUAAUCGAGAAGCUCCCUGAGAAAUGGACCGAGACUUUGGCACCAGAGAUGCUCGCUGUGGCGGGUGAACGGGCCGCUCAGAGUGGUGUAAACAUGGAAAACGUCGGCAAGGCCGCCGCGGCAGCCGAGAAGAUGGGAGUCAACAUUCCCAGCCUGAAGGAACUGGUUUCCAAACCUGCUGCGAUCGUGGGUAUGCUACGGUCUAUUAUGGCGUUUUUAAGAGCACGUUUCCCGGCCGUGUUGGGCAUGAACGUGCUCUGGUCAUUGGCAUUGUUCAUUCUUUUGUUCGUUCUGUGGUACUGCCAUAAGCGUGGGCGUGAGGUCCGUCUCGAGAACGAACGCUUGGUCACAGAAGAGGAGAUCAACAGGAUGAAUGAGGAUCCCUCUGAAGCCAGAAUACGUCCCACUGAGACUUUCACGACCACGGCACCUCAAGGAGCUUCGGCCGAGGAGAUCCGAGAGGGUGUGCGGAAAGUGGAACAAGCCCGGGCAUCCUCAGCAUUGGAAGCUGCAGCUUCGGAGCCCCAGAGUCCCAUGAGUCCCGCGGAGACCACUACUUCCUCUGCGGUCCCUACUCGAACCAAAUCACGUCUAUCUAUAUUUGGACGAGCGAAGACUGAACCGGGCCCCUCCUCUAACAUUGCUCCUUAUCCGGGAACUUAA